GGACUUGUCUUGAAGAGAAGCAGCAACUCGGAACCCUUGGUCAUGGCAAUCCUCAAGUGCACACUUUUCUUCCUCCUCGGGGUGCUGGUUUCACCGGCUUACCUUCAGGAGCAGCCUUGCUCCCUCAUCAAGAACACAGUUCCCCGUGGCUUCUACAUCUUGAAAGUGGAACCUCUAUUUUACAGACCAGGUGCCAUCUACACAGUAUCUAUUACUGGGGUGGAAAACGGCACCUCCGUGAUCCUUCAUGCCGUGACCUCCCAACACAAUGUCCCUGGUCUGUGGGAAAGCGACAACCAACUGAUAAGUUGCAGUGGCGAUGAGUCCCUUGUGAAGAAGAACAUCUCUGGCAGCAGUAUCCGGACACGCUGGACGUCCCCAACUAACACCAAUGUGCUGUCUGCAGAAAUAAGGACUUUUGUCUCCUUUGCCAACGGCACGACCCUGAUGCAGACUCAGACCCUGACAAAAGAGUUUGCCACAGCUUCCGUAACAGCAGUGCCAUCUUCAGCCUCCCACACAGCAGCAGUCCCCCACCAACCAACCCUGCGAAGCAAUGCCACUGACGCCCACGUCCUCCUCAACUCAACUGUCAUCCACCAUCACAACUUGGCUUCUGCCCAUGAGUCGACGAAAGGUACCGGUGGGCCCAAGGGCUCCGUCUCCACCGCCCAGGCCAGCUCCUUCAUCCUGGCAGCAACACAGCUCCUGUCCGCCUUUCUCGGCUUCAAGCUCCUCUCCUAAGCUGAAGCACGCACGUGCCCAUCACUUUGCCUAAACUUCCAUCGUUGCUUCUAACCAGAAUGUGAAGGUUGGGUAGCUGUUCUCCUCAGGAAGGAGGUCCCCCUUCUCUCUCUCUCUCUCUCUUUUCAUCUCUGCACCUUUAAUUGUACGUUUCCUUGAAUGAUAACUCAAGCGGUUGCAUCUCACAAGCAGGUCGCUGAACUGAGAGAG